AUGCGUGUUCUUCACUGGUUUCGCAAGGGAUUACGUCUCCAUGACAACCCGGCACUUCUCGCUGCGUUGCAACCCCCGGCGUCCAGACGAGACGGCGGUGCAGCUCCAGUGGAGCUGUUGUUUGUUUACAUACUUGAUCCCUGCUUGCCCGAUCACAUGGACAUGGGGUUUCGACGCUGCAGCUUCCUCUUGGAGUGCCUCCAGACCCUGGACAAGUCACUCGCCAGCAUGAAUCCCGAAUUUCGUCUGUUGACUCUUCGCGGACGUCCGGAAGAGGUUUGUGACCUUUCAUGUUUGCUCUCCGCUAGCCCUGGGAACCUUAGCGUUCGAGGCUGUUUCCUCAGCCCCGGUUGAAACCAGUCAGUCCGAUGCCUCCCUUAUCUUGAACCCUCAGACAUCACUGGGCUGAAUUAUAUAAAUAAGAUUAUACCACUCCCACCGACUCCCUCUGGUCUGCCAGUGCCCUCCACAUUUCUCGUCAGUAAAUGACGUCACAUGGCUGCGUCAACUGCAACUGCAGCAGUUUUGAGGCAACAGUCUAUUAGCGCUCAUGAAAUCAUAUUAUGUCCUCUAACGACUGGUUUGGGUUGGAAAAUGCCUUUCCGUUCUGGAACAUUCAUACAAUGGCUGCGUUGAAGACGGAGUGGGGGGCGUCCCGUUCUCCCCUGCGGCUCAGGCCUAAAGUCUACACAGGCGGUCGCACAGCGACCGGAAGUCCAUAACUCGAGAAGAGCAUUACCAACGCAUACUAGACUUGACGUUUCUGGCCCAUUUUCCGUCGUCAUUCAGUCUCGCUAGCCCCAUACCCUCCGCUGUGUUUCUGCCCGCGUGAGCUCUAGACUGGGAAGAACGAAACGUCCUUAUUUCGUCCCGAGACCAGAGUGAAUCGAUGAGCGAUAUGUUCGUGUGACUUUGAGUAGCCGGUUGAAAACGGGUAUAAGUACCCCCAAUUAGAUGUGGCUUUGAGCUAAAUUCCGGGACGGUAACUAUUUCCGUGUUCUAACUCUAACCCUAACUUCAAACCUGACGUUAACCAGCCACUAAUAAUACCGAAUUUUCUUAGUUGCGAACUCUAGGACAUUACUUCGUGGACCAGUGGUAGAAAUUUCCGCUAAGUGUUUAUGAACAGUGAGCUUAGCCAAUCAUUUAUGUUCUCUGUGAAUGGUGCUCUUGAUUGCCCCUUUGCCAGUCCCAGGCGAAAUAAUCAAUGAAAAUAAGGUUAGGGCAAUGGUGGAAGGAGCGCUCACUGAUCGCUCUUACGGAACUCACACAUCCCGUUAUGCCUUACGGGCUGUCUCUCUCGAGCCCAACCAGCAGCCGCACAGCGGCGCAUGAUAUAGGCAGAGUGUUAUUACCGAGAAAGACAAGGGAGACUGGAAUGGCUAUUUCUGGCUCAUUAGUCGUCGUCAGCCAGUUAUACCCAACCUCGAAGUGUGGAACACCUGAGUCUCGAUCCCGCGGCCUGGUAGUUAGAAGUCCAACGCCUCUAACCACUGAGCCACGGGCUCUUUGUUCUGUCGGUUAGGACAAGUCAAAUACAUAAAUAUAGUCCUCUUCCCGAUCAGUACCCUAAAUAUUUUCUGUACACGUCUAGGCCGCUCUUUUGCGAUCGGCUGUCGAAGGCUGGGGAUAGCCGGCGCUGUGGAAAAUGGAUCUAUGGAUCCCGUUUAUUUCGUCACUCUAAAGUCCUUAUCUUGUUAUUUACUGCAUUUGCUACCCGUAUCCACUUCAACUGGCUUCAUGUUGGUGUUUUCAGGUCACGACAAUAUGGCGUGGAUGAAAAUCCUAUGGACCUAGAGACUAAGAUGUUGGGAGCGUUUUUGCGAUAUUCACAUGACUCCCCAAAGCCCAGUGGUCGGCGCCUUCCUACCGAGUCUAAAUCACUGAUAGCGGACGUUGAUACUUUUUUUUGAAAUCAGACUUCUGCGAUUGUUUUUUUUGCUGGUCAGUUUACAAAAAAGGAGGUUACCGGAGCAGACGCUUGAGCUGUUGACGUUUCGGAGAUCUUGGUCGACUCAUCAUUGGGAGAGCGUUUGGUGCACAAUACCUUUCAUAAAUGCUAAUGGUUUGCCUUGUGCUGAUGUAUUCUCCUCCUCCUCCUCCUCCUCCUCCUCCUCCUCCUCCUUCUCCUUCUCUUUCGCUGCCUCGGGCAUUUGGCGGACUUUUAACGGGUCUCACGGUUGAAUCAUCACCUCGAUGGAAGACGACUGAGCCUCUGCGGAGGCAUUUCGAUCUGAAGGCUCUCUUGCCGCACCCCCGUCAGGUGACUUCGUUGUCGGGUUGUGUUUGCGCGGCUUUUCUCUUAGCCCAGUGUGGUCUUUUGUUCCUACCUUUGCUUUUGUCAGUACGGAGGACUUUAUAAACCGUAGGCAGCUCCGGGCGUCCGUCGACGGAGUUGACAUCUGCACACCACGCCCCAAGUGUUAGUCAUUUUGCCAUUGAGUUACCCCCACCUCAGAUAGUCGCUCCCUGAAGGCCAAAGGUAUGGCUAGUUUCCCCCAGUGUGAAUUGCCUCCGCGGUACCAGUUUGCGCUUUUGUGAUUAAAAAACUCCCUUCUCGGCGAGUCCCUUCUCUCUCUGUCCCUCAAAUUAUCACGUCGGAUCUCUCAAUUUUGCCAACGUGCGAAAAAGUCGCACAUAGAGGAAGGAAGAGGCCGUGAAUAGAGAGAGGUAAACGGGAAGCAAUAACGAAACGGAGGUAAAUAAGAAUGCCGGGGGGGGGGGGUGAAGAACGAAGCUGCCAGAUUACGACGCCGCGAUCGAUUCUCCUGACCUCCCCGAGAUUGCUUCAACCUCUUACCUAAUGCACUCUGUCUAAUGCUUGUUGAAGUCACCUGGAGACCUCAAGCCCCCUAACGCCUUGUUCUUUUGAGGCUCCCCUAAUUUGGCAAGACAUUUGUACUUCCUCCAAGAUUGAAGGAAACCUGUUUGCUCAAAGACUUUGCGGGCCCUCGUGAGUAUUUUCUGUUUUCAUCCGAAAUUCCUUUAAUCCCAGGUACUGCCGAAAGCCUGCCUAGCCUGGGGUGUCGAACACGUCACCUACGAAGUGGACACUGAUGCCUACGGCAGAUCACGUGACACAGCAGUGCGCGACCUGCUCGCCCAAUCCAAUAUCAGCGUCAGCGAGCACAGCGGCCACACUCUGUGGAACCUAGACUGGUUGCGCUCUAAAUACACCGCUCCUCCUGCUCCGCCGAAGAGAACCACUGAGAAUGGCGACGGACCUACCAACAGUACUUCCUCCCAACAGUUGGGCGUUCCUCUGACCUACCAGAGCUUCUGCGCCCUAACUCGUCGAGUUGCACCUCAAGGACCGGCUCGUCCUCUGCCGAGCUUUGCGGAGUAUGUCAGCCAGGGGAUUGUGUCGAGCCCAGACCUGGAAGGCCUACGGGGAAGCUUUCCGGACCUUGGGUGUAGUCUCGGCGCCCCUGCCACUGUAGCUGACAUGGAUAUCGGUCCAAUACACUACAGCCGGGUUGGUGAGGACUUGUUGGACUCAACGGCCGAGAAGCAAGGACUCCUGUUUCCAGGCGGAGAAGCUGAGGCUCUGGAACGACUUCGUAGAACGGUAAGUUUCCUCUCCAGCAGCAACCUUGAAAUUUUACCGAGUUUUGUUUUCGACCUGCAAAAUCCUCCGGCUUUUAAAUUUGCCCUUUUGUUGUUGAGGCCUGAAUGAACUUACCCUGCCACCUUCGCGGUUUAAAUUCGUCGUCGUGUUUUUGUUGAACAUAUUGGGCAAAAGAUGGCCGGCAACUGACAACAGUGCUGCAGUUGGCCAAACGAAUGUCAUUUCUGGCCAUGCCAGAGAACCGACCCCAUGCGGUGCGUUCGUCCCCCCCCCCACAAUUCGACAUGACCGAGUUUGUUGUAAACAAUCUGCUCCGCUGACCCCGGAUUCGAAGUGGCCGCUGCACCGGUGUGUGUGAGAGAGAGCCAGUCUCCGGUACAGGAAACGCCCUCUCCAAGUGUUGCUGGUUCUGAUUUUUCCCGCAAGGUUGUGUGUGAUGCACCCAAUGUGAAUUAAAGUCCUUGGCGCACUUCAAUGGCACUUAUUUAAUGGUCUGUCACCAGAAUGAUUGUGUAGUACACACUUAGUCGUAGCACGCAUUUUCGCACGCUCUAAAUCAAGUGGAUCAGGUUUUCUAUGCUUUAACCGGCGAAGUCCCCUUGCAUACCACUCCGCGUUGGAUAGAUGGCGAUGUAUGUGUUGCUGGGAGGAAUCAUGGCAAGUGGGCUUUCCUGCAACUUACCUUCGUGUAGAGAUGUGGAAGUGCUCUGAGAAGCGUUUGCUUAGCAGGCGGAAUUGCGGCUUGGAAGACUUUGCUUCGACUGAGGACCGUGCCCCAGACUACGACCGACGUCACAAACAUUUGACUACUGCCAAACUUUCGGAGUACUUUUCGCCAAACGUCUUACUACUUGUGCCAAAUAAACUCAGACUGACAGUUUUCACUUCAGAGGCAGCUGUGCCAUCGCAUUCGGCUGUGAAAACAACCGUUGUCAUCUUCAGAUGACCGAUGUAAACGGUGGCUCGCCCCAAAACUCCAGGUUCCGUUCUCUUCUCUCACUUAGAACUUUUUCCCAUCUAUGACUAAGUUUACCGCGGCCAUGAGACCGACGGCGCCGUCCCUCUUCAGCACUAAGUAACUGUUCUCGACUUCAUUUGACAUCGUCUAUUCUCUGCUUGGGCGAGUUCGUGUUAAGUAACUGCUCACGAGAAUUUUUUGAAGCCUGUUCGAAAUCACUGUGGAGCUCUUUCGGUCGGAUCUUAUUUCGCAGCCGUACCUGUGGUAGACAGGCCCCAGCCUAACCCCUAACCUUAAUCCCUUACCCUGACCCCUUACCCCAAACUCUAACCCCUGACAGGUACGGCUACGAGAUGGGAUCUUGCCGCUUCUUUCUUGUUUUUGUUUACGAAGCGUAAUUUUAGAAGCCGUUAGGGCUCAAAGACACUAUCUAGGCACGGGUUCUAAUUAUGAAUGAUCUGUAGUCUUAGGUUACCUGAUCAAUGGUCUGCGCGUUGUGUGGGGCGUCCAGAGACGCAACUCUGAUAGUUAUUCGAAAGGUCUAGCUGCUUGGGGUGGGUCUCCCUUGCACCUGGCCUUCACCUAUGGCUCUACAACAGCUCUCUCUUCAUAAACCAACUGGCGCGCAUCUUCGUCUUCUGACCUGUUCUUUGGAACUCGUCUCUCCGCUCCUAUCGACAGAUUUAACUGCAACCCUUUAAAUGACUAGUAACGCCAGUCUUCUCCCUGCUAUAAUCCAGGUUUUGGCUCUCUCACUCUCCUCCCUUCUUCUCCUUCUCCUUCUUCUUCUUCUUCUUCUUCUUCUUCUUCUUCUUCUUCUUCUUCUUCUUCUUCCUCUUCUUCUUCUUCUUCUUCUUCUUCUUCUUCUUCUUCUUCUUCUUCUUCUUCUUCUUCUUCUUCUUCUUCUUCCUUUAUUAAGAUUUCUUCUCCUCCAAUGCCCAAAAGAAAACUACGCACUUUGGUAGCAUGUGCUUCUGCCGAAAUGUCUCGACUUUUUUUCCAAACUUAUUUGACAUUAUGUUUCUUCUCUCCCCUCGUCCACACUCCAGGUUACUGAACGACCAAGCUGGGUGCGUGGCUUCGCGAAGCCGGCCACCGCGCCCACUGGUCUGCCGAUUUCUACUACAGGGCUCAGUCCCUACCUGCGUUACGGGUGUCUUUCCGUACGCACCGCCUGGUGGGCCCUGAGAGAGGCUAGGAGAACCGCAAAGACCCCCGCCAGCGCCUCUCAACCCCCGGUGUCUCUGCAUGGACAGCUCUUGUGGCGCGAGUUCUUCUACCUGGUCUCUUCGGUCACACCAAACUAUGAUAAGAUUGUGGUAGGUGUUCUGCUGUCUUCAGCGUUCGCUUCUAUCCGUUUUUUUCCAUUUGGCUGUCAGAGGACCUUCAUAAGCUGCCAAGGUCGUCUGCGGUUUAUCAGCGGGUGAGGCAGUCCGCAACGCUGAUUCUCUGUGAUCGGCUGCAACCUCGCAACGUCCCGUCCGCCAUGAUAGGUGUCUACCUCUGGCUAUAAUAUGUUAAGGCGACUGUUCGUGCACGCAGGCAUAACGUCUGUACAUUAUUCUUAUGGCAGAUGCCGUAGGUGGGCUAACUCAUGAAAUGUCAACAGGAAUUCCGAAAUGCGUUUUCGUUUCGAAAAGACUAAUUAAGUGGGGUUGUAACACUAGUCAGCCUGCAACAUAAUUCUAUAAUAUUUCGGUUACCGCAGUAUGCCGGCUUUCGAAUGAACUUCCUUCCGACGGCAUGCAAAAACUACACUCUGUAACAAAGGACUACUUAGGUAGCAUGUAUAUUUAUCUCCGAUUUUCGAUGCCCCUAAAAGUCCAAUAAGAUUUCAUGGAAAAAACGCAUAAAAAUAUUCAUUCUUUCGCUCAUUCGGCAGAUAACUACGUCUUCUUUUAAUUUUAUACUCGAAGGGAGGGUAGAAUUCCGUUUUCAAAUUCUUUUCCAAUUCCCGUAUAAUUUUGAACCCGCUCUGCCGUUGCACUUGCAUUCAGGGUUUCCAAACUACAAGCCGUAUAUUUUCUGCGUACGGGAAACUACACAUUUCUAUGGGGUUCAUAAAAUUUGGCAGUGGAUUUGAUCCAUAUUGUUAACUUUACAAGCCACAUUGGUAAAUGCAGAGAAAUAACGAUUUAUGAACGGCCAUUUCAAGGUAUUUAGAAGUCCCACAAUUAGAAACUUUUUAAAACCGAGCAUAAAAUUAAGAGAAGACGUAGUUAUCUGCCGAAUGAGCGAAAGAAUGAAUAUUUUUAUGCGUGUUUUCCAUGAAAUCUUAUUGGACUUUUAGGGGCAUCGAAAAUCGGAGAGAAAUAUUGAUGCUACCUAAGUAGUCCUUUGUUACAGAGUGUAGUUUUUGCAUGCAGCCGGAAGGAAGUUCGUUCGAAAGCCGGUAUCCUACGGUAUGUGAAAUAAUAUAGAAUUAUGUUGCAAACAGAUUAGUUUCACAACCCUACUUAAUUAGUCUUUUCGAAACGAAAACGCAUUUCGGAAUUCCUGUUGACAUUUCAUGAGUUAGUUCACCUACAGUAAUUACGUUGGUGCCUUGACAAGCAAAGGCUUUACUGGCGUCUUUAAAACGAAACCUGAACUGAACUGGAAUAGCGACGAAAAUCCGAUCAGAACAUACUGGGUCUGCUGAAGAAGAUGAAGGUUAAUCGCUGAUGACGCAUGUCUUCUCUUUUGAAUUCCCGAUCUGGUCAAGAAGUAAGUGAGACAGCGAGAGCAGCGUGGAGCGGUUUCCUCGAUAGGGAAGAAUGGCCCCUGGAAGCGAUUUAUUAUAUUGCUGAAGGUUCGGCGAGUUUGGUUGACUCACCCUUGGCAAAGUGUCGAAAAUCCGAAACCCAACAGAAUUCUAAAUUCCGCAAAUAUUCCCGUGUUACACUUGAAGAGUCAAGUUGGCAAACACGUGGUUUCGGUAAUUCUUCGUCAGGCCAAUACAGUUACAUGGAGGAAUGAAAGUGUACAAUAUUAACUGUGUUUUCAGGUGUCUCAAGGGCUAUUAAGUCAUUAAAAGUCAUCUUCCCCACGUCACCCGUAUGACAAGGUCGGCGCGUUUUGGUCCUCAGAGCUAGGGGAGGGGGUAAGAGAGUCUUUGAGUGAUGCUCUUGGAUUGAUUUUUAUGGGCAAAGUCGAGAAAACAAGAUCGCACGACACCAUUAAUGGCCUCGUCUUCUACGGUCGGUACGUGGACGAUAUCUUCUGCCUGGCGGAUGGUACCACCGAUACCGAGGACCUUGUCCACAAGUUCAACAGUGCGCACCUCUCGCUAAAGCUCACUGCAGAGGCCGAGGCAGAUAGCGAAAUUGCCUUUCCCGAUGUCCUUCUGCAGAGGCAAGAGGAUGGGUCUAUCCAGCGCAGGGUGUUCCGAAAGAAAACCUGGACGGGACAAUACCUUAAUUUCCACAGUUCUGUUCCCCUAAAAAUCCAACGAAAUUUAGUCCAGGAAUUGGCGGCUAGAGUGAGACACAUCUGCCCACCUGAAGCUAUUGAAGCAGGGCUCCAACAGCUGCGGAACACACUUCGGGAGAACGGCUACUCAGAUAGAUUUAUCCUCGGAAAUAUUGGGGAACGCGCUGCAAAGCCCUCUGUUGCGACUGCGGAAAAGAAAGAGGUAUUCCUAAGAUUGCCUUUUGCAGGAGACGCAGCGAGCGAGCUAGUCAGACGGCGCUUAACUACAGCUAUCACGAGGGCAUUCUCCGCGGCAGAUUUACGCGUAUGCUUCAUAAACUCUUCCCUCCUACGUUUGGGAGGUAAAGACAGACUACCGUUGGGGGCCACACCAAUGUGCAUUUACUCAUUCACGUGCUCCUGUGGAGCGGGAUACAUCGGCCGUACAACGAGACGCCUGGUAAGGAGGGUGCAUGAACAUAUGCCCGCCUGGCAGACAGACGUGAGACCCGACCGAUUUCGAGUUCUAUUCUCGCACAUUUAAUCGAUACGAAUCACCGAGUCGAUGCCAAGGGAACAUUUCAGGUUGUUUACCGGACACCAACAUGCUUCUCUAAAGGCCUACUCAGUGGCUAUACGGCCGGCGAAUCCGGUGUUAUGCUGUCAGAAAACCCUGACACAAGCGCGCUCUCUCUGCCGUGGCCAACGCCAACCCUAAAUGAUGGCGACAUGCCGCCUCCAAUCCGUGUACUCAAUCCAAGGACAUCACUCAAAGACUCUCUUACCCCCCUCCCCUAGCCUUGAGGACCAAAACCCGCCGACCGUUCAUGCGGGCGGCGUGGGGAAGAUGAGUGUUAAUGACUUAAUAACCCCUGAGACACCUAUAACCACUGUUGAUUUUGUACAUUUCCAUUCCCUCAUGUAACUGUAUUGGCCCGACGAAGAAUUACCGAAACCACGUGUUUGUCAACUUGACUUUUCAAGAAACUGAAGUGGUUUGUCUCAACACUGGGCCUCUCGCGAGUGUCUGCACGUACACACCAGGGCUGUCUGACAUUCGCCAUGCGGCUCUCCAGCUGGCCAAUCAGAUUCAAGGUCGAGUCAGAGGUAUUCUGACGUAAGACGCUUUGGCGCACCCCCUCACACACUUUGCGACGCCGAUCACGUGGACGUGCCCCCGCCCGGGUGGCAACUCUACCUCCAACCCCUUCAGUUAUUCUGUACAGGAUAUGUUUUCCUCCUUCUCUUUCCAUUCGGAACUGGGCCUGAAGGUCGUGGUAGCCAGGGUCUCACUCGCGGCAUAGCCUAUCUGUGAUCGGUUUUUCUAGCUAGCCUGCCUUGGGCUAAUCGAUGUUUAUUCUUUUGCUACUGCUUCGGACUUUUUGCGGAGGCCUGGUGGAGGGAUGCCUGGUGCGUACGAUAACUGCCUGCGCGGCUGGUCCUCAUCGCGAUCGAAGGCAGUUGAGCUUUUGUGUACGCGGUCUGAUCUGGUGACCUCUCCGCUGAGUUGACGAUUUCUGUUCACGUAGACGUCUCUGUAAUUUUCGCUCAGUUUUCUCGACGUAUUUUUAGUCCCUAUAUGUUGUUCCAUCUUUAUGUUGCAUUACGCGACAGCACACUUUGACCCGUGAUCUAUAGGUCAUAUCUAUCCUGGCAGAUUGUAACAGUCAAAAACCCGUCUCUGAGACUCCUUUAAUGUAGGGAAUGGUACACUAGGCCUCGAGUUUGGCAUUUUAGCCGUCGGCUGUUUGUUCGCUGCUUGCUUUGUUCUGUAACAUAGCUCUUGGAAGUUAUGGCGGUGCGGUCGUUCAGCUCUAUUUGUUGGCGUUCUACACUGUGUUUAAAUUCCCUGGAAUAGCGUGCUGAAAUGUAGUAUUUGCCUUUUGUGUUGGGUGGCUUUUUUGAAAACUGUAAUUUACGGUUGUCCACCUGCGCCCAUGGUAGUCGAUGAGGCGGUUUCUUGCUCAUUCCAAUCAGUUAGCCACCACUGUUGGAAGCCUGGCGGGAGGACCUUUGUUUGGAAUGGCAUUACCGACAAAGGCAAGGGAGACUGGAAUGGCCAUUUCUGCCUUAUUAGCCGUCUUCAGCCAGUCAUACUCAACCCCGAAGUUUGAUUCUGUUUGCAGGCUGGUUAACCGUAUUCUCAUCAAAUCUAAGAUCGUCGAACACCUCUGCGCAUAUAUUAUUCCUGUCCGGCAAUUAUGUUCACAGCUGCGAAUUCGCCCUGCGAGUGUAUCAGGGCUCCCGAUCAUAUAGCCAGGUUGUUUUUACACAUGCAUGAUUCUAACUGUCAUCCAAUUACUAAUCUCCGGGACCCAAUUAGCUUUGUACUUCUAACGACACAUCUAUGAUGGGCAUCCUGAUCACUUAGGCCCUUGGCAGCACACCUAACGACCCGUAAAAUGUGUUUCUUCUUACGCAGCAAAAUGUGAGGUCUGAGCGAACAUGGGGAUAUGUGAUUACGGAGUUUGUCGGAUAGAUUUCCAUGCAACAUUCCAUCCGACAUCAUUUCUGGCGUCCCGCAGAUUUUUGCAGUGAGUGUGGGUGCCUUUGAAGGGCACUCUGCCAUAUCUCCACUCGCGCGUCCAAUUUACCACUGAAUUCCAUUUAGGUAGUUUUCUCUCGGAUCCUGCCAAGCCACGAUAUUUUGGUUGUAUGAGAUAAAUAUCAGGCAGCAUUCCAGUUUUGCAAAUGUAUAGGGCAGGUAGUCGUCACGACUAUCGUUUCUUACUGCGAAGCUGCUGUUUCCAAAUAUCGGAAGUAUUUUUAAAUUUAGCACGAGAAGAAUGUGGGCUUAGAGAUCGCUCUGUCAGACAUUGGCACCUUCCCUUAACCCGUCAUCACUUUGAACACUGCAGCCUGUCACUUUGAGAACACAGCUACUCCUCAAGCACCUCGGUGACAUUUCGUGAGCCCUGCUUGCAACCCCUUGAAAAUCGGUCUUUCGCUGCCUUUUAUUUUGGCCUGUUUUGUAGAUUUCAACACCUCCGGAGCAGUUUUAAAUCGCAUCGAAAUAGUCGGUUUUUAAAUAUCCCCAGAAAUUGACUGCUAACUCGAAGUAAAGAUGCAGGCCGACAUGUGAUCAAUGGAUAUUAGUGUGGAAGUCCACUAGCCACAGCGGAUAACCGCGUAAUAUUCAUUAACUGCCGACAGACAUCUAGUAGUAUAUUUAAGCGUUACAAGAUACCAUACUAGCAGCACAGGUACUAGCCAAAAGCCCAAACAUUCGUGUUUCGCCUGUAUUCUGCCGCUGUAUGGCCCAGCUGCGAGGGAUUCGGCUCUCCGGUGCCCCUCCCCGUGUGUUUUCUGGUGGAUACUCUAGGUUAGAAAUUGUUGGUUCUUACUUUCCUCAGAAAUUAACUGCUACCUUGGAGUAAAUCAGUUUGCACUAAGGCCUAUAAGCACAGACCGGCUGAGGAGCCGAACCCCUCGUAGAUGUGUAAUGCAAAGGUAAAAUGUCGGCGAAACACGCGUGCUUGGGCUUUUAGUUAGUACCUAUGCUGAUAGUAUGUUAUCCUUUAACGCGAUGAAACAGUCCAAAUAUUUACAGGCUUUUAAAAAUAACCUUAUACAUUGAAUUAUUCGUUCGCGAUUAAGAGUAGCGUCGUUCUUUUCGGUUAAACUCGCACUGAAAAUAGAAGCGAGGAGACAAAUCCCAGGAAGCAGUCUUGAAGAAGGAGACACGAUCGCUGGGACAAGAGCUUUAUUAGCCUGACGUUUCGGAUUCCUGCUCGAGCCCAUCAUCAGAGACGACAGCAGAUACGGGUGCUUCAAGCACAAGGGGCUGCAGUAUUUGUAGGAUGCAGUCGCCAUACUACCGCACACCUGUGGAUAUUUACGGCUCCCCCGUUCAUCCAGGAUCGUCACGCUUGGGGUGGUAAUUGUUUGAUGGCCGACACUCUCGUCGUUAAUUGCUACAAUUUCAUCACGUGCGUUGAAUGCUAGUGUGAUGAUUGCUUGACCAUCUGACCCACCAUCUCAGCACCGAGUGCGGAAGGGGAAGUUCAUCGCACUUGUUAAUGGACCGGGGGCCAGUAAACCAUGAUUCAAGUAGCUGCAGGCCCACGCAGUUGUCACCUCUAACGAGAAUUUCGGCCUCGUAGAAUUUGAAUGUAUGGCCAGAUCUCGUCGAAUGAGCCGCAACUUGAGAGCUGGCGUCAUUUCUCCGCACCGCUGCAGCGUGUUCGGCCAUUCUCGUUCGGAUCUGUCUUCCUGUUUCUCCGACGUAGUUGCUUUGUCCGCAACUGCACCAGAUCCGAUAAACGACUUCAGGCGUUUCUAGCCGUGGCAGCGGGUCUUUCAGUUUCAUUACCUGACGCCUUGUGCAUGAACCACCCGUAUCUGCUUUGUCUAGAUUGAUGGAUUCGAGUGAGAAUCCGAAACGUCAGGCUAAUAAAGCUCUUAUCCCAGCGAUUGUGUCUCCUUCUUUAACCUCGCACUGCCAGGACGUUUCAUGAAGUUCAGCUCCUUGGAGGUUGUAAACGCUCGAUAACUGCUUCCGGCAAAAACGAGGCAAUAUUGCUAAGGAGGCCGUCUUUAAUUCCCAAAUGUCUUUGUGCCGGGGGACGUUGGAGUGUGUGUGUGCGCGGUCUGGGAUAACGGCAACCGGAUUGGCAAUGGAGAGCGUGGGAAGGAUAGGAUAAGCGAUAAACAGUCGGGGUGUGGAAGGGGAGGGUGAUACGCAAUGAACAUCAUCGUGGGCGUGGGGUCGUCAGAUCUGUGAAGGGAGUCGGGUUUGGGGGGGGGUGGGGGGUGAUGGAGACCAGAAGGAACUAGCUAGGGCAUGCCAAGCACGAUAAUUGUUGAGCCGCAGUGAAUGUUGGACGCACGACACUGGAUGGUUGGGAGAUGAGUGAGGGGUCCGUUCGGGGUGGGGGCGGUCAGGGGUUAUUUUGUGUGGACUUAAUAUCAAUGCCAAUACAAGACCGAGCACUCGUGAUCCACCCGCUUGCACAGCUCCGACUUCAUUGGUUCUUAUUACUGCUGUCCUAGGGCAGUGUACCAGACGGGCUGUCCAUGCGCGGUAGGCGGCCCUCAAAGCGAACGCUAGAUUCACAGUGCGAACUGUCCCCUGACAAGUGCUUCGGAACUGAACUUCCGAGCAUUUUCCGUCCUCAAGAAUCUCGUUCCGGGUUGAACUGGAUUAUAGCUACCCCCCCCCCCCCUGAAAAUGCCGUCCACGUUACUUGUCAUCUGGGCUACGUGGAAUCGAGGUUCUUUGAGCGUGCACGAAAACAACCAAUUCGAUUUUCCUCCUCCUUCGGUCGUCAUGCCCGACGAUGAGGGAGGCACAGUGACUUGUUCGUGGAUAAGUUUAAAGUGAUAGUGGACUUUCUCUGCAACUAUCGCACUCCCUCCUCCUCCCAACCUGGGCCCGGUGUGAGGACAUAGUCAAGGAGGUCAGAGGUGGGGGAGGGCGCAGGUAGCUCGCACGACUGGACCUGCACCUAGACGUGCCACUGCCCUUUGGUCACAACAACCACUUGACCAGGAUUUUAACCAACAACAACAGCACCACAACGGACCAGAAGGAUGACUAGGAUGACGUUACGCAGCCAUACUCACGACCUGUAUACCCCGUUCGAGCUCAAACGCAUCCACCAGCAGGGAACCAGGCGCCAGAGAACUGCUGAUUCUGGCAUAGCAGACGCCUAAAAUCCUUCAGGACUGCGCUGUACAGCACAUACGGUACACUUGUUCUUAUGUAGGCUGUAGUUUGGCACAGAGCUGAGCCAUGGCUCCUACUUUUCCUCCUCCCAGGUGCCUCUAAUGGUACAAACAUUCUCACGAACACUAACGCUUUACAGGUGGUCUGGAGAACUAUUUCAGGGGAGUUCGGAGAGUGUAGGUGGUUCAACCCGCGUUGUGUGACUGACCAAUUUUCUUUGCGAGUGGCCAGUGUACUUGCAUUCACAAUCGCGACAGAACAGGCACACACUGUCGCCAACCCCUGACCAACUGAAGGCGUCCUGUCUAUGCGCGCCACGUCUACUUGUGCUGGCGAGUUUGCAUGUAGUUACUAGUGCAGGUAUGUUGGACACCCCCCCGAAGAGAGUUGGCAAAUUGUUCAGCCGAGCGCAUGUCAUGGUGACUCAUGGUGGCGGAGCUUGCUCCGUAGUCCGGCCGCAAAGCGCCUGUCAGGGGCAAUUCGCACUGCGAAUCUAGUGCUCGCUGGGACGUUGUCGUGCAGCGGCGGCCAACGAAAUCGGAGCUCUGUAAGCAGGUGAAUCACGUGUGAUCAACCUUGCGCUGUCCUGAUAUCAGUUCCACUCAAAAUAGCCCUCAGGCUUCCCCUCGCCGCCGGCCCCCUUAUCUAUACCCCAACCACCCAGUGUCGUGCGCCUACUAUCUUAGUUCAUCACUUAUCGUGUUUGGCUCCCCCCGAACACCACGUUCCUUCACUGAUCCGACGCCUCCCCAUACCCAUGAUGUUCGUUGCGAGGCGUGCCGUCUCUCUCUCUUCCCUCCCCCUUAUAGAGUUUAUCGUUCAUCCAACUCCUCCCAAGUUUUCUGUUAUCCCUCAUGAUUCAUAUUGACCCAGCUGUGAAAAACUCGGCGCCUCGGUGGGAUUCGAACCCACGCAGUAAGGGGAAGGCUUUAGUACAGCCAACGCUUUAAUCACUUGAGCUACGAGGCCCCGCCGGACGACGCGAGUUUAAUCACAUUUGGGUCAUGAAGCAGUUAUCCAAGGGGGUGUAGCAAAUUGAUGGCGUCAAUAAAUGUGGCAUCCGUCGCCAAUUUCGCGUCAUGCGCAUUCCUUACGAGAGAGAGAGAGAGAGAGAGAGAGCGGGGGGCAGGAUUGUUUCAAACACGCGACAGACUGAAGUGAUCACUUCUGGCUUGUUACCAUCAUGGACGUUCAACUGAAAUUUCUCGACGGCUACGUUACACGGCCCCAUGCAACUGGCAAGUGAUAAAUAGAAGACAGACCUCUGGAGGUAAUUGGGGACGAUGACUGCUGGAGUCCUUCGGUAGCAGCUAUAUAUGGCUUCCCUGCAGUCCAUAGUCUGCCCGAAUGCGAUUAGUUUGUACCCAGCACGAAUUUUCCGAUUGUCUGAGGCCUUUCAAACACAUUCUCUGGGUAACGUCACGGACGAUGUUGUGACUACAAGGGAGUCGAUGGGUGUUGCUACUGCGAACAGCCGCAUUGCCGUUAGUCAACAUUUUAUGCGCUCUUUUCGUGUGAUUUCCACUAGGAGGGGCCUUUUCCCUCGGGUUUUGCACCACAAAAGAUUGUGAAAUAAGCUCUAAACCCGCCUUAUACACUGUCGCGGGCUGAUUUUGAUCGCAUAGUCUCUCUGUCAUCCACGUUGAUCUAACUGCCGCGCUACUUAAACGACGUAUGCAAUCCCGGUAGAUUGCAUAUUGCUAUUGAUUUUCGAUGCUCUUGCAAAUUCAAAUAUAUUUUAGGGAAACCACAAACAAAAUUAGGCUGUCUUUUAGUCUUUUGACAGAUAAUCACGACAUCUUUAUAUUUCCCACCCGAAGAUGGAGUAUAAUUAGGUUUUAAAAAGUAUAUUAUUAUGAGAUUUUUCAAGACCGCGCAAGGUUCAUUCACAUAACAUCUAACCUGUCGGUGUAUCACUGCUCGUCAUGAAAUGUACAACAUAGUCUGCAUCCAUUGCAAAAUUCUGUGGACUCUAUACGAUAUCUUUCUAAAGGCAUGUAAGAAUAUGUGAUUUUCUGUACGCAGAAUGUAUGCAACUUGUAGACUAAAACCACUAAGAGCUAAUACAACCACUGAUCAUCCUCCAAAUUAUUCGGCAAUCAUAAAAACUUUUUUUAACACCUAGUUAUACUCCUUCCUAGGGUGUAAAAUAUAAGGAUGACAUGAUUCUCUAUCAAACGACUAAAAGAAAGCUUAUUUUUGUUUGUGGUUUCUCCAAAAUAUAUUUGAAUGUGUACGACCAUCGAACAUCAAUAGUAAAAAUGCAUGCUACUUAAGUAAUCAUUUUUUGCCGAGUACGCUUCCCACAGGGGAUUGAAAUGCGGUUUAUUCAAAAGCUGACACCCUGCCAAGUCCGAAAUAUUAUAGAAUUAUACUGCCAGAUAAUCGGUAUUACAGCUGCGCCCAAGUAAUACUUUCUAAUCCAAAACGCAUUUCAGAAUUUCAGGCAACAGUUCGUGAGAUCGGUCACGCACUGUAUAAAUGUUUAUAUAAUAGUAGGGGGUACUCACCGAUUUUUCUUACGGAACUCACUCGUUCCGUUAAGCCUUACGGGCUCUCCCUCUCUUGAGCCCAACCAGCAGCCGCACAGCGGCGCAUGAUAUAGGCAGUAUGAUAUUACCGACAAAUACAAGGGAGACUGGAAUGGUCAUUUCUGGCUUACUAGCCGUCGUCAGGUAGUCUUCCCCAAGCCCGAAGUGUGGAACACCCGAGGCUCGAACUCGCGACCUGUUAGGUAGUAGUCAACUCCUCCAACCAUUGGGCCACGAUCCCGUUGCCCUGUCGGUUUUAAUCGUGAAUAUACAAUGGUGGAGGAACGCUCACCGAUCGUUCUUACGGAACUCACUCGUUCCGGGCUCCCUCUCUCCAGUCCAACCAGCAGCCACUCAGCGGCACAUGAUAAAGGCGGUAUGGUAUUAUAUGUAUGUUAUGCUAUGGUUUGUAUAUAUAUAUGCAAAGGUUGAGAAGCAUUCAUUGGUCGCGUUACGGAACUCACUCGUCCCAUUAUGCCAUGGGGCUGAAAGGCCGACCAACAAGGACAAGCGAGACUGGAAUGCCCAUUUCUGGUUUAUUAUUCGUCAUCGGCCUGCCAUACCUAAUCUCAGAUUUGCAACUCUUGAGGUUCGAACGCGUGUUCUUUUGGUCGGAGGACCAGCGCUCUAACCAUUGAGUCUGCAACUCGUUGCCUUGUCGGUUGCGGUAGGGUAGUUUAACUAUGAUACCUCAGAAAUUGCAGAGUCUGUGAUUGGGUAUGGCUGGCUGAUGACGGCUAAUAAGUCGGAAAUGACCAUUCCAGUCCCCUUUGUCUUUGCCAGUGAUCUACUUCUACAUAUACUACUGAUCACUGUAUGACUGCCUGCGGCGCUCUAGUCCGAGCAUAACGAAACUAGUAUGUCCAGCAGCCCGAUAGGCGAACGCACUUCCAACAUAUAUAUGGGGAUUUUAGUCAGCAAUUUUCGUGACUCGAUGCUGUGGUUGGCACCACUGUGGGUUCAUCGCUUUAUUUGUGUAUGGAGUUUCCGCUGCCUAAGUGCUGACCCUUCGUCACCUUUUUUGCGGUGAAGUUGACAACAUGUUUGCGUCCUCUUUGACCAGCUGCCUCGCAUCUGCCGGACUUGCAUUGACACGUUCACUAGUUAUUAAGACAAGUGUCAAACUCUAGAUCCUUCCCCUUUUACUAAACGCCUACACCGAAUUUCUCCUCUCGCACCAUGUAUCUGGGCUGACCUUUGCACUGCAGGGAAAUCCCAUCUGUCGACAAAUUCCAUGGGUGCGCAAUGAAGAGCUGUUGACAGCCUGGGCGGAGGCUCGCACCGGUUUCCCCUUUAUUGACGCCGCCAUGACACAGCUCCACCGUCACGGGUGGAUGCAUCAUCUGGCCCGACAUGCUGUUGCCUGCUUCCUCACUCGCGGCCAACUGUGGCAGUCAUGGACGGACGGUGCGGCCGUGUUUCAGCGUCUCCUUUUGGACGCCGAUUGGGCACUGAAUAGUGCCAAUUGGAUGUGGUUGUCCGCCAGUGCAUUCUUCCAUCAGUAUUUUCGCGUCUAUUGUCCAGUGGGCUUCGGCCGCAAAACGGAUCCUGAGGGCAAGUAAGUUAAACGGGCUCUCCUCUGAGACAUCUUCAAUACGUUUAAAGCACGCAUACCAUUUCUACUAACCAUUUUAUAAGUAACCAUUGUAAUUAAGCAUCCAUUUUAUGUAUUAUGACAGAAAUCCGACUAACCCAGGGUACCUUGGGCGUUGGACAUUUUACCCACCAGCCUGAAACACAGCAGUGAGGCCAACAGGCAAUCUUUUUUGUUAUACCACGCUAAUAAUUUGCUAGCAAUUGCAAAUAUUCCAAAAGUAGUCGCGAUAGAGUCCGCCAAAAAAUAGCAACCCCACUUUCUGAUUUGCAUGAUAUGAUGCUCAUUGCGCAACUAAAUUCGGCUAGUAAACAACUCGGAAACGGAAGGGAUAACACGUUAGUAAGGCGAAAAAAUCUACUCUUUAAGUAGCUAAUAUGUAAAACACUUAUAUUUAUGAAAUAAGACCCGGCCCUCGAAAAAACCGCAACGGAAAGAAUUUUUCUCGGCUAGGGCUGGAGAAUCGUCAGUGUCGGUAUUUUCUUUCUCUUUGAUAUUUCUCUGAAAAAAAACAUAUGAAGAGCAUGGCUAUCUUUCCGCGGAAUGUGCCAAUCGAGUAUUUCUAUAACGAACACCUUACUGCAGGUCUUUUACUUGAUCAACAAUAUGCUCAUCGCAGGUAUUCAUCGUGGAUUCUCAUUUUCUUAGUCGACGAGGUCUCAUGCGUAGGUGAGCCUAUAAUUAUGACCAAUACUUUCAUCUAUAGAAGAGGGCACGUCAGAGGGGUCAUAAUAUAAGUAUAGCCUCCCAAAGCUGACUUAUUUUUAAAGGUUUAACAAAUGUAACCUGCAGAAACUGUCUGUUCAGACAUUUGACUAAGAACGCUGAAAAAUGUUAAGUAUUCCCUCGCGUUUUAAGGACGCCCUGAGGCCCUUCGCACUGCGCCGUCAUCAGAAAGCCCACACCGAUCCUAUAGAAGAAUAAUUGCCCUCGUCGUAUUCCAGUGACCUCUGGUCACGUGACCCUAUUACGGCCUGAAUUCCCGCUGUGUCCCUGACCAUGGGAUUAGUCAACAUUACUACCGUCGUAGUUAACUGCAUCUUGACCAAGUACAAAAGCGGAAAAAUGGCAUCAAGUUUUUCUAACAUCAUUGCAAACAAUCGACGGACUGUCAUGCUGCAUAUUAAAUUAACUGCUGCAGCAUAUUCAAACUAAUACCUACCUAAGCGAGUGUUAUUUCUUGUCAACAUAAUUUUUUUAAUAUUUCUAUUGUGUUUUCGCGUAGCAGAAGACCGUCAUUUUUUGGAUGCAUUAUAGGCCCGUUUUUGCCGUUAUUAGUUAUUUUCCUAGAGUUUUCACAUAUUUUCCAAGUUGAACCGUCACCUGUUCUAUCCAUUCGUUUUUGGGCGUCUUUGUUUCAGCUUCAUCAGACACUUUCUGCCCUGUUUGAAAAACAUGCCUAAGCAGUACAUAUAUGAGCCCUGGAACGCCCCACUGGCAGUGCAAAAGAAAGCUGGUUGUGUCAUCGGUGUGGACUAUCCGGCACGGAUUGUUGAUCACCAGGAAAUGAGAGCCGCUAAUCUUGUCAAGAUGAAGGCCGCUUACGAUGCCUGUCGAACACCUGCGCACAAUCCAUCCAAAAGGGGAACUGACAUCUCUCCCACGAAGCCCGUACAACUUGGGAGUGGCAAACUCUCGGGAAACAAGCGGAAGAAAUUGUAG